AGAAAACUCCCAAAUUUCUAUUCCACACGCAAUGCAAACUCUCUCUCGCAAAUUCGCAGAAUAGAUAACCAUAACCAAAACGUAAACACAAGCUCGCACAAUCGCAAUCGAGAAACAAGGGUUUCUGUUUUUAUCGAGAGAGAGAAUCGAGAGAAAGGGGUUUUGAUCCGAUCAUGCCGAAGAACAAGGGAAAGGGAGGGAAGAAUCGGAAGAGAGGGAAGAACGAAGCAGACGACGAGAAGCGCGAACUCGUCUUCAAGGAAGACGGUCAAGAAUACGCGCAGGUUCUGCGAAUGCUCGGAAACGGUCGCUGCGAAGCGAUGUGCAUCGACGGCACCAAGCGUCUCUGUCACAUCCGCGGCAAAAUGCACAAAAAGGUUUGGAUCGCCGCCGGCGACAUCAUCCUUGUCGGUCUCCGUGAUUACCAGGAUGAUAAGGCUGACGUCAUCCUGAAGUACAUGCCGGACGAAGCGCGUCUUCUCAAGGCCUACGGCGAACUUCCUGAGAGCACGAGGCUCAAUGAAGGUAUCGGUGGUGGCUUGGACGAGGAAGACGAUUCCACCGGCAACGAUUACAUCGAGUUCGAGGAUGAGGAUAUUGAUAAAAUUUAAGUUUCUAGGGUUUGCGUUGUUGCUGUUACCCUUGCUAUUUUAUUUUAUUUUUUGUUUAAAUUAUAAUUAUUAUAUGGUGACGAAUUAUAUGUGAUUGGAAGCAUUGUUGAGGUGUUAUGGGUUUUGUUUGUGUAAUGUGGUAUAAGGAUGGUGAAUUUUAAUGCAAUAAGAGCCGAUUAUGUUAUCUUAUUUAGAGUGUUCUGUUUGUUUUUAUUUUUAUGUUUUGUUUUUUGCUGUUCUGAUUGGUAACGUGAUGAGUGAUUGUUUUAAUUAUUGUCUUGCUGAGUUUGAUGUGUUGGUAAGAAGAAGCAUAUAUGGCUUUCUGGAAGUUUGGUUUCUGUGUAAUUCUUGUGGUUUUGAACGAGUUAUGUUUGUUUUGAUGGCUAUAGCAUGAUAUGUGAAAGGAUUGUUGUUAUGCGAGAUCAGUGACAGGAAUGUUUGGCAAUAUUCAUUUAGGAUAUGGUCUUAGAUUAGAUUAGCAUGCGGAUUUGAUUGUUUUGUUUUUAAUUAUUCAGGUAACUUGGGUUCUGGCCGAGGGGAGAUUGAUUAUAAUGUUUAAAGAUCCCACUUUUUAUAUGUCUGGUCUGGCUGGCCUAUUUAUGCAGAUCUUAUGAUCAUAUGAACAUGAUUUCAUAUGUUAUAAGCAUAAUAUAGAAUGGGUAGUACUCUGAUUUC